ACUCAUCAAUACUUAGAAGUGAUUAAAGAAAAGAAACAAACAGAAACGGUAGGCAUAUCAAGUUACUGAGGAUUAUUAAGUAGUACUAUAUAUGAACAAUAAAUCAUGUAUUGUUAUUCCCAUUAUUAUUCAUUAUGAUUGAGUAAUUAGAAGCACUAAAGUAAUAAGUACUUCCUUAAUCCAAAUUCUCAAAGAGCAAGAAGGUAGAAUUGUGCAUUCAAAAAGACUAGUGAGAUACUCAACCGUUUGAUGAAUCUCUGCUACUCUCAAGAUCUUUCCUUUCCUCCAUUAUAAGCAGAAAAGAUUCUCAUGGAGAUGAACAUCCACAUUUUAGGCUCUUCCGAUUUGUGGACUUAGUCUCCUAAUUGAUAGGACUUUUCAUGUCAAGCAACAAACUAUUAUGGCUGGGAAAACAAAUAAAGAUAUGCACAAAACGGUUGCAAACUUGUCACAAGUAAAAGAUGCAUUGAGACGAUUAGACAAAAAGAGAUCAAAGCUGAAAUCAAAAUCUCAUGGGAGGGCUGCUCGUGUUUCUUCAUCAAAGAGAACAGAUGCUGGUGAAGGUAAGAGAAAGGAAAUUCCGCAAAAAGCUAAAUCGUCAAAGAAGCAGUCUAAAUUGAGCUGUCGAGGAGAAGAGCUUCAAGCUUGCAACUCAAAAGUCAACUUAAAACAUGAAAACGUGGAUACCGGGUCUGAGAAGUUAAAGAGAAGGAGAAGGAAGAAGAGAAAACAUAAUGCAGAUCCCGAUGAUGUUUCACGUUUACAAAGGAGGACGAGAUACCUCUUGAUUAAGAUGAAGCUAGAGCAGAACCUUAUUGAUGCUUAUUCUGCAGAAGGCUGGAAAGGUCAGAGCCGAGAAAAAAUUAGGCCAGAAAGAGAAUUACAAAGAGCGAAGAAAGAAAUAUUAAAAUGCAAGCUUGGAAUAAGGGAGAUAGUUCACCGUCUGGAUUUGCUUAGCUCUCCUGGGCAGAUAGAGGAUUCUGCUAUUGCUCCUGAUGGAUCUGUCCAUCAUGAACAUAUUAUCUGUGCCAAAUGCAAAUUGCAAGAGGCAUUCCCUGACAAUGAUAUCAUACUUUGUGAUGGUACAUGCAACUGCGCGUUCCAUCAGAAGUGUCUUGAUCCUCCACUAUCAACAGAAAAUAUACCGCCAGAUGAUGAAGGCUGGUUUUGCAAAUUUUGCAAAUGUAAGAUGGAAAUAAUAGACGCAACAAAUGCUCAUAUCGGCACCCACUUUGCUAUGGAUAGUAAUUGGGAGGAUAUCUUUAAGGAAGAAGCUCUUCUGCCCGAAGGUGGGGAAUCCCUGUUAUGCCCAGAACAAGACUGGCCAUCUGAUGACUCUGAAGAUGAUGACUAUGAUCCCGAAAAAAUUGCUUAUAGUCAUAGUAGUACUGACAGCUUUGAGAGUGGUUCUUCCAGUGAAGCAAGCAGUGCAAGCAUGUUGGGAUCACUUGAGGAUGAAUUGUUAGCCUUAACAGGAAAGCAAGAAGACGGAAGCAGUGGAAAAGAUUAUCUUUCUGAACAGAUUGCUGGGUUAGAUUAUGAGGAGACGACUGACUUCGAAGUUCUAUCUGGGCCCCGACAGAGAAAAGCUGUUGAUUAUAUCAAAUUAAAUGAUGAAAUGUUUGGAAAGCAUGCUCCUGCAAUCGAGCAAAAUAGUGAAGACGAAGAUUGGGGUCCAGGUAAAAGAAAGCGUAGAAGAAAGGAGUCUGAAUCAGAUGCUGCAAGCACCCUUAUAACCCUUUUAGAAAGUGAGAAAAGUCGUCCUGAAAAAAGAGCGGAUGAUGAGGAAAAAGAGUCUUUUGAUAAACCAGCCAAGAGAGCAAUAUUCAGGAUUCCUCCUGAUGCAGUUGAGGAACUUCGCCGUGCAUUUGCUGACAAUGAACUUCCAUCUAGAGAAAUGAGGGAGAACCUCUCCACGCAGCUAGGGCUUGAAUUGGAGAAGGUUAACAAAUGGUUCAAGAAUGCACGUUAUAUGGCUCUUAAAGCUCGAAAGGUAAGGAUUGAGCUAAAGGUUGAGAGCGCAGAACCGUGCCAAGUUACUAGUCCUACAACAUCAGAAGGAUGUGUAUCUGAGACUGUAAAGGAUAAACCUGCAGAUCAGAUUUCGUCAAGGGAUGAAGAAGAAAAUGCAGCCCAUGCAUGUAACCUUGAGAGAUCACCUAAUGAAGAAACUGCCAACUUGAUGAUCAGUACUUCCAAGAAAAAGCAUGGCAAAAAAGCCGUAAAACCAUUAAUAGACAAAUUAGAGACUACUGUAGAAUUUGGCGAUGAUGUGAGCUUGAAACUACUGAGAGAGAGAUCAAAAAAGGAAAGGAGAAAACUCAAUUCCAAGGAAAGGGAAAGAAUCCAAGAAGCUGAAGCUGAGAUGCAGAAGCUUUGCGGAAUCAAGGACAAAAUAGCGAGACUACAGGACAUUUUACUAAGGCUUCCAAAUCGCAGAUUUAGAAGAGCAGAUGCUUCUCGUGUAGAUGAAUCUUCGGUUAUCUUUGUACCUGUUGCAGAAUUACAGGAGAAAAGGUGAUUUUUCACAUCCUUUUCUUAAGACAAAUCAACAAAUGACAAACAAGGAGGUUGUUCCAGGCAAAUAUAGAAGCAUAAUUCUUCUUUUUAGCAUAUACAUGUACAGUUUUCAUUUUUCCGUAGGAUUUAUGAUUAAAUAGUGUACAAGAUGGUAACUUUUUUUAGCAGAUCAAUUCCAGUUACAUGAAUAGGUAACCGGGGCAUUUAUUUUUCGGUGCUUAACCUUCUGUGGCAUGAGAAUCUUGAGAGAAGUUUCACAUAAUGUUUCCUGCAAUAUUAAAUUUUGAAUGUGAUGUGUUGUCUCGGA